AUGAAUGGAGGGGAAAGAGACGCAGGUCCAUUAAACUCGGAGAGUCAUGACAAUAUCAGUGAUUUGUCAACUCCAAGACUACCACCUGUAGCCCCAACAACUGGCUCAUCCACAUUGACAACGGGUGUCGUUCAAUUAAUACCUGUUUAUGGAUAUCAACGCAACAGUAGUCAAAAACAAUAUAAUUCAAAUAAGAGAGGUAGUUUUUCGGCACGGUCAUUUGCAUCUUGUACGAGCUCUUUGAGUACUACUUUGCGUAGCAGUGCUUUUGGUACUCUCUCAAAUAUGAUUGGUGCGGUAUUUGAUGUAACAGAACGUAUGAUCAUUCCAUAUGGUCGACUGCGUUUGCUAGAAGACGAGUUUCUUGGAAAAGGUGCAUUUGGGGAAGUAGUGCUUGGGGAAUUGUACCCGGCACCGAGUAUUACACGAGUACGCACACCCAUUAUAUCAGUGGCUUUAAAAAAUUUUCCAUUAUCACCCAGCGUUACGAGUCAGGUGUGUGAGGGUGCCACGGCUCGUGGGGAAUCUUUUAAUGAGGAUAGAAGUUUCUCCAGAUGGAAUAGUAGAUUUCCAGGUGAAGAAAGGAGAGAUAUGGGGAAAGCUACCAAUGGUUCUUCUCUCUAUUCUACAGAUAAGAGAAAAAUGGUAAAUGAAAAUCAUCAUAGAAGUUACUCAGCAGAGUAUAUUACGCUAUCAUUGCCCCACUCAACACCACGGGCACAUAAGAAGCAGCAGCAGCAGCCUGUGAUGGAGAUAUUGAGUUCCAGGUCCACAUUAGAUGAUGAUAUGCUCGCUGCAACUACAGGUAGUUUACCAGAUCUAGGAGUUCCACUCUUCUUAAAUGGAGGUGAGGGGAAUAUGGGAACGCAGACAUGGAGUGGCUCCAGAUCUUCUUCCUCUUCCUCUUCUUCUUCUUCUUCUUGUUCUUCUACAGAAGAGACACCUAAAAUUGUGGCAGUGAAGAGAAUUGAUAAGGCGCGUCUCUCACGGCGACAAAGGUUUAUCACAUCAUUUAAAACAGAACUACAACUCGCUAGUGAACUAUCUCAUCCUUCCAUUAUUAAAACGUAUGGUGUGUUAGAGGAGGAGUCAGAGUUGCUUCUAGUGAUGGAGUUUGCUGAGGGAAAAACGCUCCAGGAUUAUCUUAACACGGAAGGUCAUGAACAUAUGGUAACGAAAGCCCCACAUUUCCUCGCAGAUGUUGUAUUAGGAUUGGAAUACUUGCAUGCGGCUGGUAUUGCACAUCGGGAUAUUAAACCAUGCAAUAUGUUACUCACAGCUGAUCAUCAUAUAAAGCUUGCGGAUUUUGGCUCCGCAUGUUAUCUUAACGAUGAUGCAGGAAAUACAUUUGCUGGGACUGCUGCGUAUAUGUCACCAGAGAUGGUAGAAUCCGGAAAAGCAAGUGCAACAAGUGAUCUUUGGGCACUUGGUUGUGUCCUAUUUCAACUGUUUGUUGGUAGACCACCAUUUCAAGGUGAGAACCGCAUGUUUGUUCUGCGUAAAAUAAAAGCCUUUCACAAUGGUGAUGUAGAUUGUCCACCGUACUUUCCAUCAGAGGCGAGGGAUCUCGUCUUGCGACUACUGCAACGCACACCGAGUGAUAGACUCGGCUCUGAUGAAACGGGUGGGUUUGCUGCUCUCAAGUCACACCCUUUUUUUGCAGAUAUUGACUGGAGUCAAGUACACCAAACAUCCAUUACAGCACUACAGACAACAGACUCUUCAUUACAGGUGAGUGAUCUACUUCAAGAAGGUGAAAAGGUUUUACGUUGUACAGUAGUAUUGAAGAAGAAUAAUAGUUUUUUAAAUAGGUUACCACGAGAACGUCUACUUGUUCUGACAGAUCUUCCACGACUCUUAUGUGUAGAUAAGGAAAAACACAUUGUUAAGUACUCAAUUCCAGUAACGCGAGAGGUACAUGCUGAGGUUGAGACAGUGGAGAUGUUUUCCGUCGUGACAAAAGGGCAAAGAUAUGAAUACGUUGACCCAAGUAAACACGCGGAUGUAUGGGGAAUGCGCAUUAAUGAUCUUGUCAAACGUCGCCAGAGUAUUGAUAGCUGCGAAGCCAUGUUAUGUAACCCAAAGAAAACCACACCCACCGAUAUUACCAAGGGGAAUAUGAAAUAA